AUGGCUGAGGAUCCUCCACCGGCCGCGGCCUCCUGGGGUGACGGCCCCUACACCGCUGAGUGGCGAUGGGAGGCUUCCUGGCGCCCCUAUACCUGGUCCUCCAGCUGGUGGAGCUGGAGUCCUAGUUGGUGGUCGCGUGGCUACGGCUGGGACCAGGAGCGUGACUGGCGACAGUCUUGGAACGACUGGGGGGGCUAUUGGAAGAAGCCGUACGAGGACCAGUGGCCAUGGAGCAGCUGGCAAAGCUGGCCGCCGUCGUACGCGGAAAGUACACCGUGGCAACACGAGGACUCUCCGCCUCGCCGACCCGAGGCACCGGAAGCACCCCGCGAAGCUGAGGCUUCUCCUUUGCAGCGGGAGCAGCCAGAACCCUCGAGGGAAAGGCAGAGCCCUUCUCCGCAGCCUGUGCAGCUAGUGGAGGAGGAAGUUUCCUCUUCUCCGCUGCGGGAGCAGGAUCCCUGGAAGGAGUGGCACAGCUUAGCGUCACGGCCGCGGGAGCCUGCGCAGGUGCCGCCGCGACGAGAGCCACCGGACCCUUGGAAGGACUGGCGGAGCUCCGUUCCACCAUCGAAGGAGGACAGCUCGCACGUCGUUAGCCGGGGCCAGCAGGUGGUGGCAAAUCCACAGGAGACUCCAAGCGAUGAUGCGCCUGAGCAGGUCGGCAAAGAGGAGGGCGACAUGGGUGAUGCUGUCCCUUGUCAGCCUGUCCUCGAAGAUGCCUGGAGAGAGCAAGAGGCACGAACGGAGGCCCCUGCUGAACCGGCGCGUGCGCGGCGUCUGCCGCGUGACAUCACGUCCAAAGUCUUUGUCACAGGCCUUAGCGGCGAAACUGCGCCAGAGACUUUGGGCGAGUACUGCCAAGGGGUUGGCGAAGUCCGGUACGUCUCAAUCUUCAUGGAUUCGGACAGCAGUGACCCCAACGGCACUGCAAAAGUGGACUUUGACAGCGAGGAGACCGCAAAGCGGGCGAUCCGCGAAUUGAGCGGGACCUUGCUUGAUGGCAGCAUCAUUACACUGCAAAGCUUGGCGGAUGUCCCUGCCUAUUUGUGGCAGCGAAGGGACAACGAUGGCUGUGCCGUCUUCGUCUCCAACCUGGGCACGGAGGUGGGGCGCUUUGAGCUCAAGGCCUUUGCUGCAGAAGCAGGGGAUGUGGGCUUCGUGCGCAUCUUCACAGACCGGCAGACGGGUCUCUCACGCGGCUGUGGCAAGGUGGAGUUUGCUUCCUUGGAGCAAGCCCAGCAGGCAGUGCAGCUCUUGAAUGGCAAGGUCCUGGCAGGUCGCGCCGUCACAGUGGAGCCCAUGGCCUCAGAGGGUGCGCAGCGGCGUCCGCCAGCGGUCUUGAACUCCCACCGCACUGCAUUCGUGGGUGGCCUCUCCACUGACAUGGACGAAGGCGGCCUUCUGGACCUGGUCUCGGACAUUGGCCCGGUGACUUUUGCCCGGAUUUUCCGAGAUCGCCAGAGUGGCAACUCGAAGGGUUGUGGCAAGGUGGAGUUCGAGACAGAAGAGCUAAUGUCCAAGGCAGUGAGUGAGUUGAAUGGCAAGGAGGUAAAUGGUCGGAAUAUCACCGUGGAGCCGUUCAGCCAGGCGCAUGAAGGCCGGCCACUGCGAGAUGCUCCGCCGCCCGUGAUCGAUGGGCGGCAGGUCUUCCUGUCCGGGCUUUCUGCAAGCACCGACUCGGAUACGCUGCGGAAGUUCUGCGAGCUCACUGUGGGGCCCGUCACCAACGCGCGUGUGUUCACUCACCGUGACACUGGCGAGUCCAGGGGCACCGCGAAGGUGGAGUUCGACUCCCCGCAGCUGGCGCAGUCCGCCAUCCAGGCUCUGAAUGGCCGCCUGCUGGACGGGAGCUAUCUUUCAGCGCGGAUGAUGGAGCGCGAUCGCCCGCUGAGACCACCUGCAGAAGGAAGUUGUCGCAUCUUCAUUGCGAACCUUCCCGAUGAGGUCAGCGAGGGGCAGGUGCAAGACUUGCUGCAGCAGGCCGGUGAGGUCUUGUCCGUGCAGGUCUUCAAGACGGGUGCGGGCAACACUGCCAGCCGCGCGGUGAUGGCAUCACCAGACCAAGCUCAGCGAGCUGUCAGCGUGCUGAACGAGACUUUCUACAUUUCCAACCGCAUCACUGUGCGCCUGGACGCCGAGCGGCCAAAGGCACAGACGGAUGCGACAGUUUUCGUGGGAGGCUUGAGUUUCAGCACCACCAGUCAAGGCUUAGAGCAGCACUUCAGCCGAGUGGCGAAAGUCGUUCAGGCGUCUGUGUUCACCGCCAAAGAGACCGGGAAGCCGCGAGGUUCGGGGAAGGUGGAGUUCCAGUCCGCGCGCGAUGCAGAACGUGCGGUCCAGGAGCUGAACGGCUCGGAGCUUGAUGGCCGAUCGGUCCACGUGAAAAUCAUGGAGGCCCGACCGCCGGAGAGGUCCGGUCCGGUGCGGCCACCUCCGGGCUUGGGACCCCCAGACAGCGGCCGCCAGCUCUUUGUGUCUGGCCUUGCGCCCACCACACAAACCGAGUUGCUGCGAGAGUUCUGCGAAGCCUGUCUUGGCGAUGGAUCAGUUGUGUACUGCAACGUCUUCCAUGACCACGACACCGGCGAGUCGAAAUGCACUGCGAAACUCGAGUUGGCCUCUUCAGAUCUUCUGGACAGAGCCCUGCAGGACUUGGAGGGUGCGCAGCUGGAGGGCGGCCGUUUGUCCCUCCGCCGACCAGGUGAAGCCCGGCAGCCCCCAGCACCCGAUGGGCGGACGAUCUUCCUGGGAGGGCUCAGCUGGGACGUCGACUCGGAGGCCCUGAAAGCCUUCGCCAGCCAGGUCGGGGAGGUCACCUACGCUGCAGUGUUCACCAACAAAGAGACAGGGAAAUCCAAAGGUUCAGGCAAAGUUCAAUUUGCUACAGCAGAGCUGGCGGAUAAGGCCGUGGAGGAGCUUUCCGGCCAGGAUCUCAUGGGUCGCGAGGUUCAUGUCCGCAUGAUGGAGGCGCAGCCCAAGAAGCCGAGCUGA